AUGUUGCUAAGCGAAUCCGCGCCGCAGGGGCGUUGCCGCGCCCGCAAGAACGGCACGGAAGGCUCCAUGUCCAAGGCCUGCUCCCCGUUCCUGCGAACACGUACGCAGGCUUAUGUCGGCUCUAAUUGGGCUAGGAAGGAUGCGGGGGCACGCCAGAGGUAA